CUUAGAAUAUUGAGGGCAAAAUUAGGAAAUUAAGGCCCCAUGUAACAGUACUGUAAGGCAUGGCCUUUCAGCUUACCCAAGAAAGCUUAUGACUUGAUGUGGCUGCAAUCCACCAGAAGUCCUGGCACUUUGCUGCCCUACUUAAUUGAUGGAUCACACAAGAUCACCCAGAGCAACGCCAUCCUGUGCUACCUUGGCCACAAGCACAACCUGUGUGGGGAGACAGAGGAAGAGAGGAUUCAUGUGGACAAUUUGGAGAACCAGGUCAUGGACACCUGAAUGCAGUUGGCCAUGGUUUGCUACAGCCCUGACUUUGGGCCGGCAUAGCUUUGUGAAGCCAGCCUCUGCCAGGGAGCUUGUGUCUCAAGGUGGUGACAGUCGUGUUCUGCUUCAAGAGAAACGGAGGCCAGAGUACUUAGAAGGCCUUCCUGAGAAGAUGAAGCUCUACUCUGAGUUCCUGGGCAAGCGGCCAUGGUUUGCAGGGGACAAGGUCACCUACGUGGAUUUCCUUGCUUAUGACAUCCUUGACCAGCACCGUAUAUUUGAGCCCAAGUGCCUGGACGCCUUCCCAAACCUGAAGGACUUCCUGGCCCGCUUUGAGGGCCUGAAGAAGAUAGCUGACUACAGGAAGAGCGGCUGCUUCCUCCCCAAACCAAUCUUUGCAAAGAUAGCCCUUUGGAACCCAAAGUAGGACCUCACAGCCCAUGCCUGGGAGAUAUUCUUGAACACCUUGGUCAUGGUGCUGGCCUUUGGGCAUGGCUCUGUGCUCCAACACGUGAAGUUUUCUCCUUUCCAUUCCCUAUUCCUCCAUUUCUUCUUCCCAGCCCUUCUCUCAAUCAUGCCUCUGGGCUCGACUGAGCUCGCCAUUCCUUCCUCAGUUUCCUCCUCCUAUUCUUUGACCCUGCCCUGCACCCAGGCUUGCCUCACUGCUUUUGGAGGAAUGUCCCAGAUCCCAGAACCCCAGCAUGGCCUGAGAGAUCAGACCUGCCCUCAUGCUGCCCUGGUACUCAGAGUGAAGAGCUAAGCCCCGUGUGAGUGG